UGUGCGCCUGUGUCUGUUUGGAGAGGAGAGGCUUGGGUGACAGGCAAAGGGUAGGGCGAAGAGUUCUGUCUGAGUCGCCGGCUCAUUCACCGAUUUCUCAGCGGCUGAACAGAGGCCGCCUCGCCACGCAGCUUCCAACUACUCCUGCACCUCCAUAGUCUCCACCUCCCUCUGCUCCAUUCUCAGCCCGGCAGACUGACCGACAGACUCUCUAAUUGGCACUUUCACGCCCGAGGUGUCCCAAGCCCAGGAGGUCCGGAUCCGGUGCCCCUGGGGCAGCCAGACGGGAUGUCUUGCGGACAGCGGUGCUAACUAAGUGCCUCCACGCUGGGAGCCAGGCGCACUGGCUCCUGGCCACCGGCCGAGCGGCGGCGGCGGCGGCGGCGGGGAUGAGCCCCGGACGCUCAAGGCGCCUGCCGCGAGCUACCGCCCCGAGGUGGACGCCAAGCAGGGUUCUUCGCUGGACAGCGCGAACCCUUUCCCGCCGGGGCACGCGGCUGCGGAGCCCCGGGCCGCGCCUGCUGUCAGGAUGCCCUGGGCGCCUCCCUAUUGGUGAGGAUGCUCUGCUGUGAGGCUCUACCAUCCCUAUUCCUGGUCUCAAGCGGGCGCGACUGAGCUGGCCGGGCAUUAGCCCCUUGCGCCGGUGGAUGAAAAGAGCUGGAGUCCUUGUGUGCAAUCAGCGAUCGAAUCUGAAUUCUAAGAGCCAUGGACGAAAGUCCUGGGCCGCAGCCCCCGGGGAAAGAGCAGCUGGAGGCACCAGUCCCAAUAGGAGCUGUCCAAGAGAAGGGCGAGCCAGAGACCUUCAGGUCCAAGAGUUUACCGGUCCUGAACAGCGCCUCCUGCCGGCCGAACCUCAGUCCUGAGAGUGUGGACUUCAAGCCGGCCUUCGGCUGUAAGGAUUCUUUAAGCCACCAGAAGUCCAAGCAAGGCCAGAACCCGUUGGCCCCCAGUCCUUCUGCCCCGUCCACUUCGGCUGGGAUGGCAGGACUCGUGGAUUGUACCCACAGGAAGGACGUAAGCAAAACCGUCUCGGUGUCCUCCACUCUGGCCACACUCCAGGAGAGAAGGUGCCUGCAUGUGGUCCUCACUGAUUCCCGCUGCUUCCUGGUUUGUAUGUGCUUUCUGACCUUCAUCCAAGCGUUAAUGGUCUCUGGGUACCUGAGCAGUGUCAUCACCACCAUUGAAAGACGCUACAGUUUAAAGAGUUCUGAGUCGGGGCUGCUGGUCAGCUGCUUUGACAUCGGGAACCUGGUGGUGGUGGUGUUCGUCAGCUAUUUUGGGGGCCGGGGUCGGCGGCCCCUGUGGCUGGCGGUAGGUGGACUUUUCAUUGCCAUCGGAGCUGCCCUCUUCGCCUUACCUCACUUCAUCUCGCCUCCCUACCAGAUCCAGGAGUUGAACGCCUCGGCGUCCAACGAUGGCUUGUGCCAGAAUGGCAACUCCACGACCGCUUCGGAGCCUGCCCCCUGUCCGAAGGACUCGGGAGGAAAUAGCCACUGGGUCUAUGUGGCUUUAUUCAUCUGUGCACAGAUUCUCAUUGGAAUGGGCUCCACACCUAUUUAUACCCUGGGACCAACCUACUUAGAUGACAAUGUUAAGAAAGAAAAUGCGUCCUUGUACCUAGCCAUCAUGUAUGUCAUGGGAGCACUUGGCCCUGCAGUGGGAUAUUUAUUAGGUGGACUUCUUAUUGGUUUUUAUGUUGAUCCCAGAAAUCCUGUUCACCUUGACCAGAAUGACCCUCGUUUCAUUGGAAACUGGUGGAGUGGAUUCCUCCUUUGUGCCAUUGCAAUGUUUCUUGUGAUAUUCCCAAUGUUUACUUUUCCAAAAAAGCUUCCACCUCGGCACAAGAAAAAGAAAAAGAAAAAAUAUUCUGUUGAUGUUGCUAGCGAUGAUGAUGUUAUGAAGGAGAAAUCAAACAAUAGUGAACAAGUGGACAAAAAAGUGUCUUCAAUGGGAUUUGGAAAGAAUGUCAGAGACCUACCAAGAGCAGCUGUCAGGAUCUUAAGCAACAUGACAUUCCUUUUUGUGAGUUUGUCAUACACAGCUGAGAGUGCCAUUGUAACUGCUUUCAUUACCUUCAUUCCCAAGUUCAUCGAGUCACAGUUUGGUAUCCCAGCUUCCAAUGCCAGCAUCUACACUGGUGUUAUUAUUGUCCCCAGUGCUGGUGUUGGUAUUGUCCUCGGAGGCUACAUUAUAAAAAAAUUGAAACUUGGUGCAAGAGAAUCUGCAAAAUUAGCAAUGAUCUGCAGCGGUGUGUCUUUACUGUGUUUUUCAACCCUAUUUAUUGUUGGAUGUGAAAGCAUCAAUCUAGGGGGCAUCAACAUCCCUUAUACAACAGGACCUUCUCUGACCAUGCCUCAUAGGAACCUGACAGGAAGCUGCAAUGUUAAUUGUGGUUGUAAGAUUCAUGAAUAUGAGCCAGUGUGUGGAUCAGAUGGAAUUACGUACUUUAACCCCUGUCUGGCUGGCUGUGUUAACAGCGGUAAUCUUAGCACUGGGAUUCGGAAUUAUACAGAAUGCACCUGCGUCCAAAGUAGACAAGUGAUCACUCCGCCCACAGUGGGACAGCGAGGCCAGCUCCGAGUGGUUAUCGUCAAAACAUAUCUCAACGAGAAUGGCUAUGCUGUGUCAGGGAAGUGCAAACGGACCUGCAACACCCUGAUCCCAUUCUUAGUUUUUCUUUUCAUAGUCACCUUCAUCACAGCAUGUGCCCAACCGUCAGCCAUUAUAGUGACACUCAGGUCUGUGGAAGAUGAAGAGAGACCUUUUGCCCUGGGAAUGCAGUUUGUUUUGUUGCGAACACUUGCAUACAUUCCUACUCCGAUCUACUUUGGAGCAGUUAUUGACACCACCUGCAUGCUCUGGCAACAGGAAUGUGGGGUACAGGGCUCUUGCUGGGAGUACAACGUGACAUCAUUUCGUUUUGUCUACUUUGGUUUGGCAGCUGGCCUCAAAUUUGUGGGCUUUAUUUUUAUUUUUCUGGCCUGGUACUCCAUAAAAUACAAAGAGGAUGAACUGCAGAGGCAGAGGUGCAGAGAAUUCCCACUGAGCACCGUGAGCGAGCUCGUGGGCCAGCCCAACAAAGCCGAGAAGAAUGCCCGGACUAGAUCAUGUCCAGCUUUCAGCACCCAGGGAGAAUUCCACGAAGAAACUGCUCUACAAAAAGGGAUCCCAUACACAGCACAGACCUACCCGGGGCCCUUCCCAGAAGCAAUAAGUUCUCCAGACCCAGGGCUGGAAGAGAGCCCUGCUGCCAUGUAGCCUCACUCCGGAAGCUUGAACAUGGAAGACUUGUUUUGUUGGUUGAGUUGAAUAUGGUGGCUUGAGAAACACCUGUGCCUUCUCUCUUUUUUUAACCUCAACAGAUACAAUCCUCAAACCAACAAAAACUCAGUAUACACAGCCACUGUCGAUUGAGGGCUGGAUACCUCAACAAGACUGAGAGCCUUUCCCCUCUUUUCUCCAAGGAGGAGUUUAGAUACAUUUGUUACCACUUUUGCUAUGUUAAUUUAAUGCUCAUGCUCCAAUAUGACAUAAGGCUGAGGUCCCCGGUUAACAAAAAUAGUGGGAAAGGCAAUGGCUCUGCAUAUCAUUAGCAUACACUCCCAACAAAGGUGAACCUGACCCUGACCUUGCACUUGCAAAUCCAAGUUUUUAGACAUGAACACCUACUGUGAGUUCUGCUACAAAGCACAAAUGAAUCUGCCUCAACUAUGCAAUUUAAUUGGAAAAAUGUUAAGUGCAGCAUGUUACUUUUGCUUAUAGAGAAUAAAGCAGAUAUGAUUUUGAAAAGAGGAAGAAGCUGAGGUUCCUUAAAGUACUGUUAAUAGCAUUUUAAGCCAUAGCGGAGUUGUCAAUCAGGUAGAAUUUUUCGGAUGCUUCAAAGGAACCACAUGCAGAGCAUGGUGAGAGGAACAGCUAUGUCAUUUCAUAGGACACAUUCUCUUUCAGUUUGUCUUCCCCAUCAUAAGGUAGUUAGAGGCUGCUGAAUCAUAAAUCUGAAGGCUUGAAUACAAACUCCAGAAUUCUUUAUAAGGGGCUUUAAAACUAGUGUGCUACAUAACAUGGCUAGAAAUUAAUUUGAGAUGCAUCAUGAAGAAAGAAACUGAUGGCUUUCUCAUCCAAGGAAAUUGCUGCAGAAAUCCCUUUAGCUCGUAAGGACUGACAUAAGAUUAGUUAAGAAUUGCAACCUUGACAUUCAAAAUAGGUGAAGAAGAAACUCCAGAGGUAAGAUUGAGUCCCACCUGAGCAUUUUAGUUAUAUGCUUAAAGCACUGGAGAAAUCUGUAUUAUUUUCUUUCUUUCUGUACAGAAAAUUGCUGUGGCUGCUGCUAGAAAUGAGUAAUUAAAUCAGGAAAGCUAAACCUGGGAUAUGAAAGUCACUUUGAAUACAGGAGGAGGGAGAUCUCUGGGCUGGACCUGAAAUAUGAUCCUAAGUAGAGAAAAUGAUUUAAACUACGCCAGUCUUAAAGUAGACAUGAAUUCUACUUUAUCAGAGUUAGAAUCAGUUUGAUUUACCUUUCCUUCCUUCCAGUGGAAUGCCUGCCGUGAUUUUGAGAGAGGAUUUUUCUGUUUUUAAAGGCGCUUUGGGUUCCUUAUCCAUCAUUCUUUCCAGAACCUCCCAGCAUAUUAUUUAGACUUAGGUGCCGCAUAGGAUGCUUUUUAUGUGCUUCUUAAGAUAGGUGCUUCCUGACAGCACUAAUGGACUGACAAAAAGUUACUCAUGAGCUUUAACUGUGAGAGACUGAAAGGUCCAAACACAAAUAGAAUUGUGUAGUCUUUCUACAUAAGCCUAUGCAGGUAUAGAGCUAACUUGGGAAACGUGUUCUUGUCUGGUUGGCCCUCUUCCAUACAACAGUGGUAAUUGGCAGACUGUCCCAUGACUCAGGCUUUUUGGCUGAAUCAUCCUUAUGUGGCUUCACAGGUGAAAUCAUGUGUCUGUUCCUUGGUUAAGAGUAUUUUCCUCUUCACUUCGGAAUGACAUUGUUCAAAUGGUUCUCUUGGUUGCAAGCAGUUUGCGGAGAGGGUAAUCACUGUUACAUUAAACAAAGUCUGCAAGUGUCUCAGGUGACAGGGACUUCCAUUCAUCCCCUGCCUGGGCUUGGCUCUCUUGCUGGGCUAAGAUUGUAGUUCCACUGGUAUCUGUCAAACUUUGGUCAAUGUGGUGUACACUGACGGUUUGGAACUCUGGGGACUCAGGGUUCCUCUUUACCUCUGUGGAAGACCUUGAUUCUUUUUAGAAUGGAAAAUUUCCUUCAGUGUUGGAGCUGUAGAUGUGUAGAAUGGGGAGGGGUGGUGUUUUCUUAAUUUUUCUCUGAUCAUUGAGAUACCACACUAAGACUUCUGGUGGAAUUGGCACUGUUUUUUGGUAUUAAGAUUGUUGGACUCACCAUGAGUAAUUAUUGUUCUUCCUCAAAAGGUCACCAGUUCCGCAGUCAUCGACUGGGCACCAGCUACUUGUCAGGUACUAUUAACCAAUUAGCCUCUGAAAUCCCUGGAAUCUUUUGGGGUGAUUGGGCCAGAGCUCAAAGAAAUUGAUCAGAAAUGUGCACCACAUGUUAAUAUUGUACUUCCUGAUACUUAUAUAUAUUAGGUAUAUCAUUGCUGUGUUGUUGGUAAAAAUGUAGAAUAAGUAGUAUAAGUCUUGAAGGAGUGAUUAUUUUGGAAUAUGUACCGAUUCAGAAUUGUUCCCCAAAUGCUUUGAGCUCUGGUAGCAUAAUUGGAAUGUGACAUAGCCAAUUAAGCGACUAUUUUGUAGAUGAUACAAUCUAACUGUGUAUAUAAGGUCUUAUGUGUUUGUUAAUAAAUUGGUCAUGUUACUUUAUAGUCACACUCCCAUUAUAAGUUUUAAUUGUCACUCUUCAUGCACAUAGGCUUUAAAUUACUUGUUCUGGCAAAAGGUCAUCUUGUUCCUUUACCAACUCUGUAAAUUACUGUAUUAUUUGCCUUUAAUAUGCAAAUAUAAUCCUUGAGUCCAUUAAUUUAGAAACACCCAAAGAGUGGGUGGGUGGUUGGAACACAUUCUUGAUUUUGUUCAUUGUAUAAAAUCCUUAUUCCUGGUAGGUAGAUUUAUUUCUUGAAAACAGUUAACAGUCACUCAGAAUCAUGGUUUGGGGAGUGAGAGGAAAGGAGGAGCAGAGAGGACACAAAUGAUUAUUUGCGGAGUGUUGACUAUUUUUAGUGCUAUUUUGUCAAACACUUAAAUGUACAUCAUUCAUCUUCAUCCUUUUAAUAACUUGCAAGGAGUUUAUUGUUUUUGUUAUUUUUUGGUGGUGCUGGGAUUGAACUCAGGGCCUCACAUGUGCUAAGCACAGACUCCACCAUGCAGCUACACCCCCAACCUUGUUUUUGUUAAUUUUAAAAAACAGAUGUGAAUGUGAAAGGUAAAGUAACUUAUUUAGGAUUGUACAGAGGGGCAAAUUAAGAUAUAGGUUUCUCUCACUCCAUUGUUCACUUUUUAUGCUACCUAGUGCAGAAAAUAGCUUUCGGUUAACAAAGCAAGAUAUGAUUGUAAAAUCGUGAAGUUAUUUCAUUAUAUUAUGUAUUACUGUUUCUGAAGAAUAGAGACAUUAUUAUUUCUUUGUGUAGAUAGUAGAAAACAUCUGUAGGAACCAUCAGCAUUUGAUGUUUAACUAGAUUUCUCAAGGUAAAUUUCAUUUGUUUAGCCAAAUGUAAUAUUAAAAAUCACUUGUCAAAACAAUACCUCAAAUAUUUUUAUAGUUCAUAUUUAACAUAGAACAAAUCCAAUUUGGGUGUUAACAUCUAGUCUCAGCAGAACUUCUGAAGAGUUCAGAUUUGUUGAAUGGGAGCUUUGGGAUUUCACAUGUAUUUUUUUUCUUUCCUUCAGAAUAUUAACCUUUCUAUUACUAUUAUUGGCAAACAUGAAUUUUAAGAUUCCUAGUAAAGACUCAAAAAUGAAGGGCUGGGGUUGUGGCUCAGUGGUAGAACGCUCGCCUGGCAUGCACGAGGCACUGGGUUCGAUCCUCAGCACCACAUAAAUGUAAAAUAAAGAUAUUGUGUCCACCUAAAACUAAUAAAUAAAUAUUUAAAAAAAUAUUUAUAAAAAAAUGAAUAUAUACAAAAAUACAAACCAAACCACUGACCCUGAUUGUUACCUUAAGUGCUGUGACAGUGCACUGCAGCACAUGUUAGAAAUAAGGAGGUGCCGCCAGAAAUCAAACUCGUGCUCCAAAGUGGGUGAGCAAAGCAAAACUUUACUUCUGCCAGAACCACAUGCUAUCAGAACCCGGCUGGCUGCAGGCUUGCUUACCCCGCAGUCAGUCGGUGCAUUUCUAAGUCUUAGGGCUGCCCUUUGCCCUGAUUGGAGAAGUCAGGGUUACAACUUACCUGAUUGGUUAAUUUUAAAAUUGGGGCAGGCAAAGGGGAAGGGCUACAGUUAGAAUGGCUACAGUUGGACUCAAUUAAGGCUGACUUGGUAUAAAUAAAUAUUUUGAAAAUGGACCGCCAGACUUUUUAUUUCUCACACACAUGACUUGGAAGAAUCAGGCUUCAGAGAAGGGAGCUAGGGAGCUGCUUCCUCCCUUCCCCCGCCCCGUAGGGCUUGUGUAGGUCAGGCCAUCCUAUAUGUUCACUAACCACUGAGAAAAUGUUUCUUCAGUCCACAAUCCCAGCUUGCAUUCUUUGGUGGACUUGGAGCCAGAAUGCUUUUUUCUUUUCUUUCUUUCUUUUUUUUUUUAGCUUGUUUUGUAGAAACCUUUUGUGCACAAGGGAGAAGCUUCACAGUUUGGAUAGACCUGAAAUCUUUGUGGGAAUUCUGUAUUGUACCAGGGAACAGGAGGUUAGUCCAACCCUAGAGUGGUGGCCUCUGUGUGUGUGCUUAAAAUAUCAUAGAUGAUAGAGAACAAGACUCUUAACCAUUGAUAAAUGGGUGCAUACUGAGUAUUCUAAGUAGCAGAUAUCAAAAUACUGUGUAACCCCAGAAUUGCCUAGAGGACAGCUUACAAAUGCUCUGUUUGACAGACUAGUAGGUAGCCUUUACACAUCAGUGUGUUUCCUCUUCCAUAAUAAAGAGAAUGUGUGGCUGGCAGGCGAGAUUAGUUUCCUUGUGCACUUUAUCUUUUCUGUCUUCUCUCCUUCAUCUUCCAGGAUUGCUGCCGACUACACCUGUCUCAGACUUCUUGUUGCAUUGGAAUCAGAUGUGUGUAUGUUUAAAGAGGUUUCACUUUAAGCACUUCAUUUUAACUCAUCCCUAGGGAGGGUUCUAAUGUGACCAAAACCUUCCUUAGCUGUUUGCUUCUGCAAUCUUGAAAAAAAAAAAUGCCUUGGUGCUAAAAAUGAUGCAUGUUCACUACUGAAUUCACAGUAUUUCACUGUUAAAGGGUUGCAUGUGCUUUGCAUUUGGAAGUCUGGAAAAAUACCCAGAAAACAAGCGCCCAUUACUCUCAUUUCAACAGUUAAUCUAUGAACUCUAUGCUGCAAAAAUGAAGAGUUCAGAAGGGAAUACUUUUCUAUGGAAAACUCAGUGCUUUUGAUAUUUAGUUUAGCCAGCUAGAAUAAUCAGCUGCUAAAAAUAAUUUCAGAGAAAGGUAAAAGAAAACUAUUUCACAUGAUCUUUUCUUAGUUCUCCUCUAAAAACCCUACAGCCCUGUGAGGUGUUUUUAGCAGUGAGGUUUUGAGGGUGUCAUCUUUUCCUGGUAGUCUAUUCUACAUGUCAAAAUUGAAGGAGAAACGGUUAUUGAAGGCUAAAGUAAUUGUAAGGACAUAUUAAACCAAAGUGGUGAAUGAAAGAAGCUUCAAGUUUGUAUCUAGAAAUUAAAAAGAAGAAUCAUUGGUAAAACUUGAUAGUGGGCAUUUUACUUAAGAUAUAUACCUCUACCCAAAACACCAACUGUUAAUUUAGAAGCAUGAAGUGGGAAGAUCAACCUCUAACAUUUUAGUUUAAGGAAACGUAAUACUGUGUCAAAUAAAUACCAAGUCAGAUAAACUGGCGUUAGGAUCUCAGUGGAGCGUGUGAUCUGUGUGCGUGAUUUUUCUGUAUAGAGGUGUGCUUGUGACGAAAGGCUGUUUUUAGUUUGUUAAAUAAAAAGUUUGAUUUUGUGAUUUUUAGGAUUAAUAUUUAUUUGGAGACCUGUUAGGGUAAUUUAAAAGAUGUUCGAUUUUCUUGUGCUCGAUGAAACCGAUUGUCAAUGUACUAAUCAACCUUGGUUUACAACAUCUUGAAUACUUGAUCAUUGAAAAUUAAGGUAAAAAAAUUAAAAAAGGAAAAGAAUAAAGUGUGUUGGAUUGAAAUUAAUUUGUCUUU